AUGACUCCCUCGGCCGUUCCGCCAAUGCCCAUCAGGGCGCCGGCCGGGACACUAACUACCGCCUUCGACGACACCCUUCGAUUCUACCUGAACGGCACCCGUGUCGUGCUCGAUGAGAUCGACCCUGAGGUUACACUCCUGGAGUACCUCCGCGGUAUCGGCCUGACAGGCACCAAGCUUGGCUGCGGUGAAGGCGGCUGCGGCGCCUGUACCGUCGUCAUCUCACAGUACAACCCGACCACGAAGCAGAUAUACCACGCCAGCGUCAAUGCCUGCCUCGCGCCCCUCGCCUCGGUCGACGGCAAGCACGUCAUCACUGUCGAGGGCAUCGGCAACGUCGAGCGGCCCCAUCCUGCACAGGAGCGCGUCGCAAAGGGCAACGGCUCCCAGUGCGGCUUCUGCACUCCGGGCAUCGUCAUGAGCCUGUAUGCUCUGCUCCGGAACAACCAGGCCCCGACCGAGCAUGACAUUGAAGAGGCUUUCGAUGGGAACCUGUGCCGCUGCACCGGGUACCGCCCGAUUCUGGAUGCCGCGCAGACGUUUAGUGUCCGCAAGGUAACGAACGGGGCGGAUGGGUGUGGGAAUGCUAGGGUAAAUGGGGGGAGCGGGUGUUGCAUGGAGAAUGGGAGUGGCGGUUGUGGUAAGGAUGGGAAGCCGGAUGGGCCCGACGACCAGCCGAUCAAGCGAUUCACGCCGCCGGGAUUCAUCGAGUACAAGCCCGAUACCGAGCUCAUCUUCCCGCCAGCGCUGAAAAAGCACGACUUUAGGCCGCUGGCGUUCGGCAACAAGCGCAAGAAGUGGUUCCGCCCUGUCACGCUGGAGCAGCUGCUUGAGAUCAAGACCGAGUUUCCCACUGCCAAGAUAAUCGGAGGCAGCACUGAGACGCAGAUCGAGAUUAAGUUCAAGGCGCUGCAGUACCCCGUCUCGGUGUACGUGGGGGAUAUUGCCGAAUUGAGGCAGUACUCGCUGAAAGAGGACCAUCUGGAAAUUGGCGGCAAUAUUACGCUUACCGAUCUCGAAGGUGUCUGCCAGGAGGCGUUGAAGCACUACGGGGAAGCGCGCGGCCAGAUCUUCGGCGCCAUUCACAAGCAGCUCAAAUACUUCGCUGGCAGGCAGAUCAGGAACGUCGGCACCCCUGCCGGCAACCUCGUCACAGCCUCCCCCAUCUCGGAUCUAAACCCGGUGUUCAUGGCCGCAGACGCCGUCUUGGUGGCGAAGACGCUGUGCAAGGAGUUCGAAAUACCGAUGGCAGACUUCUUCACGGGAUACCGCCGGACAGCAUUGCCAGCCGAGGCAGUCCUCGCCUCAAUCCGCAUUCCUCUGACCCAGGAGAAGAACGAGUUCUUUCGGGCCUACAAGCAGGCGAAGCGGAAAGACGACGACAUUGCUAUCGUCACGGCAGCCUUGAAGUUGCGGCUGAGCGAUGACGGUGUCGUCGAAGAGGUGAACCUCGUCUACGGCGGCAUGGCCCCGACGACAGUAGCAGCUAAGCACGCGAAUGCAUACCUCAUCGGGAAGAAGUUUGCCGAGCUGGAAACGCUUGAAGGAGCUAUGAACGCACUGGGCCAGGACUUCGACCUGCAGUUUAGCGUGCCCGGCGGCAUGGCCUCCUACAGAAAGUCGUUGGCCUUGGGAUUCUUCUAUCGCUUCUACCACGAGGUUAUGCGGACAGUCGGCGGGAAGGCCGAUGAAGAGGCGGUCCAUGAAAUUGAGAGGGAGAUCUCCACUGGGAAGGAGGACAAGGCGGCGGCCGCUGCGUACAUGCAGGAAACGGUCGGGAAAUCUAACCCGCACGUGGCGGCCCUGAAGCAGGUGACGGGCGAGGCGCAAUACACCGACGAUAUUCCGCCUCUGAAGAAUGAGCUGUAUGGCUGCCUCGUCCUCUCGACCAAGGCUCAUGCAAAGCUCAAGUCGGUCGACUACUCGGCCGCGCUCGAAAUUCCGGGCGUGGUGGACUACGUGGACAAGAACGACAUGCCGAGCGCCCGGGCGAACCGCUGGGGUGCGCCGCAUUUCCAAGAGACCUUUUUCGCUGAGGAUGAAGUGCACACGACCGGUCAGGUCAUCGGUCUCGUGCUCGCGACAUCGGCGGCGCGGGCGGCUGAGGGUGCUCGCGCGGUCAAAGUCGAGUACGAAGAGCUACCCGCCAUCUUCACGAUCGAGGAAGCCAUCGAGAAGGAGAGCUUCUUUGAAUUCUUCCGGGAGAUCAAGAAGGGUGACCCAGAGGAGGCAUUCAAGAACAGCGAUUACGUAUUUACGGGGACCGCGAGGAUGGGCGGCCAGGAGCAUUUUUACCUCGAGACGAAUGCUUCGGUUGUCAUUCCGAAACCCGAGGAUGGGGAGAUGGAGAUCUGGUCUAGCACACAAAAUCCGAAUGAAGCACAAGCAUAUGCUGCGCAGGUCUGCAAUGUCCAGUCAAACAAGAUUGUUGUCAAGGUCAAACGCAUGGGCGGCGGUUUCGGCGGCAAAGAGUCUCGGUCAGUUCCUCUUAGCACCAUCCUUGCUCUGGCAGCAAAGAAGACGCGCCGGCCAGUCCGCUGCAUGCUCACCCGCGAGGAGGACAUGGUCACUUCCGGCCAGCGGCACCCCUUUUUGGGGAAAUGGAAGGUGGGCGUCAACAAGGACGGAAAGAUUCAGGCGCUUGAUCUCGACGUCUUCAACAACGCUGGAUGGUCUUGGGAUCUCAGUGCCGCGGUGUGCGAGCGGUCCAUGACACAUUCUGAUGGCUGCUACUUGAUCCCCAACAUCCACGUGCGCGGCCGCAUCUGCAAGACCAACACUAUGUCCAACACGGCCUUCCGCGGGUUUGGCGGUCCCCAGGGCAUGUUCAUUGCUGAGACGUACAUGUCCGAGGUGGCUGACCGCCUGGGCAUAUCCGUCGAGAAGUUCCGCGAGAUCAACAUGUAUAAGCCGGGGGAGCUCACACACUUCAACCAACCCCUCACCGACUGGCACGUCCCGCUCAUGUACCAACAGGUCCAGGAGGAAGCGGACUAUGCCAACCGGCGUGAGGCCAUCACAAAGUUCAAUGCCGAACACAAGUGGCGCAAGCGCGGCCUCGCCCUGAUCCCCACAAAAUUUGGCAUUUCGUUCACGGCCCUCUGGUUCAAUCAGGCCGGCGCGCUCGUCCACAUCUACCACGACGGCUCCGUCCUGGUAGCCCACGGCGGCACGGAAAUGGGCCAGGGUUUACACACAAAAAUGACCAUGAUCGCCGCGCAGGCCCUCAACGUCCCCAUGGAGGACGUCUACAUAUCCGAAACGGCCACCAACACCGUCGCCAACGCCUCUGCCACCGCCGCCUCGGCCUCGUCCGACCUCAACGGGUACGCCAUCUACAACGCCUGCGCCCAACUCAACGAGCGCCUGGGCCCGUACCGCGCCAAGCUUGGCCCCGGUGCAACCCUCAAAGAGCUCGCCCACGCAGCCUACUUCGACCGCGUCAACCUGUCCGCCCAAGGCUUCUACAAGACCCCCGAGAUCGGCUACACGUGGGGCGAGAACAAGGGCAAGAUGUUCUUCUACUUUACCCAGGGCGUGACAGCCGCCGAAGUGGAGAUCGACACGCUGACCGGCUCCUGGACCUGCCUGCGAGCCGACGUCAAGAUGGACGUCGGCCAGUCCAUCAACCCGGCUAUCGACUACGGCCAGAUCCAGGGCGCCUUCGUGCAAGGCAUGGGCCUGUUCACCAUGGAAGAGUCGCUGUGGCUGCGCAACGGCCCGCUGCAGGGGAAUCUGUUUACCCGCGGCCCAGGCGCCUACAAGAUCCCCUCGUUCCGUGACAUACCCCAGAUCUGGAACGUGAGCCUGCUCAAGGACGUCGAGUGGAACGAUUUGCGCACAAUCCAGCGCAGCAGGGGCGUCGGCGAGCCGCCGCUGUUCAUGGGGAGUGCUGUCUUCUUUGCGAUACGGGAUGCCCUCAAGGCGGCGAGGAAGCAGUACGGGGUGGAGGCGAGGGUCGGGGUCGAUGAGAAGGGGGAGGAGGACGGGCUGCUGAGGUUGGAGAGCCCGUCUACGCCCGAGAGGAUUCGGCUUGCGUGUGUCGAUCCUAUUGUUGAGAAGGCGAGGGUCAAGCCAAAGGAAGGGGAGAAGAGCUUUUUCAUCGCGAUCUAG